GCUGUCAAGUCAAAAGUGCAACUUGCAAGCAUCACAAAUCACACCAAAUUUUUUCUUUAUAAAUUUUGCGAUUUAUGAAUAUAAUCAAGUUAUAUUGUUAAUAAUUAAUAGGUGAUAUUAGUAAUAUAAAUAAACAUACUGAAUAUGGCUCUAACAGCGGAUAAGCUGGUUAACGAUGAAAGGUUUCGCGGUGAUAAUCCCAUUCAGUUUUUGCUAUAUUUGCCGUUUGGUUUACUUUUAAUGGUGAUAAGGAUAGUAUUAGCAGUGAUUCUGUGGAUUGCCUCCUUCAUACUGCCUGAUAAAUCAGCUGCAAGACAGUUGAUAUCAACAUUAGCGUGCUUGACUUUUGGUGUCCACAUAAAGGUGAAAGGCAGUAGGGAUCCAAAAUGCAGUGUGCUGGUAGCAAACUAUGUGUCUUGUUUAGAUUCAUUGGCGGCAUCUCACGCCCUUGGCUGUAUCACUUUAAGAAAAUGGAAGGUGCCACCAUUUUUUGCCUCAACCUUGGGAAUAAAAAGUACAUCACAGUUUGUUAGGAAGCAACACUUCGCGGAGAACCCCGACAAGCCAGUGUUGCUGCAGCCAGAAGGCGGCCCCACGAACGGAAAGGGCCUGCUCAAGUUCACAGAUUGGAGCUUCCCGCUCCCCAAUAGGGUUCAACCUAUUGCUAUAACGGUGGAGCGCGCGCUGACGCACCCGUGCGUGUCGCGCGCGGCGCGGUGGCGCGACGCGCUGUGGCACCUGGCGAGCGCGCGCUCCGUGUACACGCUGCGCGCGCUGCCGCCGCUCGAGCGCCACGACGACUGCGAGCGCGACUUCGCCGAGCGCCUGCGCCGCGCCAUCGCCGACGCGCUGCAGGUAGAAGCAACAGAUCUAACAUGGGACGACAUCCGGUGCGCCCGGCCCGCCGCCCCGCGCCCCAUGCCCCCGGGGGGCAACUCCGAGCGGGCCCGGCUGGCGAGACAGGUGAAAGAAGUGCUGCCCAAUGUGCCGCUGCACGACAUCAUGAAGGAUCUUGCGAAGACACGAAGCGUCGAUGUCACGAUAACAAACUUCCUCGAAGGCAUCACGCCGUACACGCCCGAGCCCCCACCGGGAACCGAACCGCAGCCCUCGACGUCGCAAGCGCCACCCAAAUACGUGACUCCCGCACCUACAGGCGUCUUUCCCAAAACGGCUAAAGAGAGACAGAUGAGUUUCCAAGAGAGGAAAGCUCAGAUGAUUGCGGAAGCGAGGCAGCGAUACAUUGAGAAACAUGGACUCCAUGUCGCGUUGAAUUGUUAAAUUCUGUGCAAAUAUAACUGUUUUUUGAAUUGGUGUUGUGUCAUUUUGUAUGGGCGAUAAAACGCGGCGUUUUUUUUUUUGUUUGUAAUUGAAACUAAAAAAGAUUAAAAACGCCAGUAAGUCCGCAACUCGAACGUCGCGUUUGUUGCAUUAUUCGUAAUUCGAGCCCCGUCUAAAAGAAGUUUAUUAAACAUUUUUCACAAAUUCUUUUUUAUUUUCGCUUUACAUUAUGUAAGGGAAUUGUUCGAUGUUAAUCUGGAUAAAAACUAAUCGUUGAUGAUUUUGUUGAUUUGUCA